AUGGGUGGCCAAGAACUUGAAGAAAAACUGAUUGCCUUUGUCAUUCUUUCAAGCAUUUUAUGCCUAGGUUAUACAUUACCAACAUUUUGCAAUCAAAGAAGUUUUGGUGGUAAUUCCUUCGUGUGUGUGUGUAAUGCUUCUUACUGUGAUUAUCCAGAAGGUGUAUAUAAACGUGGCAAGGGUGUCUACGCACAAUACCAGUCUGCAGCUCAGGGAGGACGACUCACACAAAUUAUUUAUUACUUUGAACAGAUGGCAGCAAUCCAGUCAAAUUUCAUCAAAAUAAACAAGAAUGUGACCUAUCAGAAGAUAUUUGGGUUUGGUGGUGCCAUGACAGAUUCUGCUGGUAUCAACAUAGCAAGCCUAUCUAAUCAGACAGGAGACAAUAUCCUCAAAGCAUACUUCUCGAAAGAUGGAAUUGAGUAUAAUAUAGCCAGAAUACCUAUGGCCAGUUGUGAUUUCUCAACACAUCCAUACUCUUACAAUGAUAAUAACGAUAGUCCACCAGAUUACAAUCAAACAAAAUUUUCAUUGGCCAAGGAAGAUCUAAAGUACAAGGUUCCAUAUCUUAAGAGAGCUAAAGAAUUAAGUAACAGGACCUUACUGAUAUUUGGUAGUCCAUGGAGUGCACCAGCUUGGAUGAAGACAAAUAAUAAUAUGACUGGACAAGGGACCUUGAAAGGUCAACCUGGUGGUUCUUAUUAUAAAUCAUGGGCACAAUACUUUGUUAAGUUUUUAGAAGCAUAUGCAGAACAAGGUCUAAAGUUAUGGGGACUAACUGCACAGAAUGAACCAACAGAUGGUAACAUUGCAAAUUUCACAUUUCAAGCAAUGGGCUGGACUCCACAACAACAGAGGGAUUUCAUUAAGUUAGACCUAGGUCCUGCCUUACACCAGGCUGGGUUCAAAGAUGUUAAACUUAUGGUACUAGAUGAUCAGAGACUGUUGCUACCAUACUGGGCUGAUAUUGUAUUAAAUGAUCCUGGUGCGAGGCAGUACAUAUCUGGUGUUGCUGUCCAUUGGUAUUUAGAUGCAUUGGCUCCAGUUGCAUCAUUAGAUAUCACACAUAAAAAUAAUCCAGACUUCUUUUUAUUUGGCACUGAAGCCUGUGCAGAACAUAUACCUUUGUUACCGAUCCCUCCUGUUUUGUUAGGAGAUUGGGCACGAGCACAGAGAUAUGCUCAUGAUAUAAUUCAGGAUUUGAAUCAUUGGGUUACAGGAUGGACAGAUUGGAAUAUAGCUUUAGAUAUGAAAGGUGGACCAAACUGGGUGAAGAAUUAUGUUGACAGUCCAAUCAUUGUUAAUGCUGCCAAAGAUGAGUUUUAUAAACAACCCAUGUUUUAUGCAAUGGGUCAUUUUAGUAAAUUUAUACCUGAAGGGUCAGUAAGAAUAGAUGCAUCUUGUGGAACAUUAGAAUGUGUUGCUGUUCAGCGUCCUGAUAAUGGUAUUGUUGUGGUAGUAUUAAACAGGGAUUAUAAAGAGGCGAUGAUGACAAUUGCUGAUGAAGAUAAUGGUUAUAUUAAUCAGAAAAUUCCUCCAUUUUCUAUUCAGACAUAUUUGUAUUGGUCUGAAUAGACACUUCAAUUAGAAAAGUCCCUUGUUUUCAAUUCAGACAUACAGUCAAACCUGUGAUAAAGGUCACCUCUAUUAAGUGAAAACCUGUUUGUCAGGUCACCCUCUUCUUCUCCCGCUGUAGUAAUACCUAUACAUUUUGAACCUCAGUUUAAAUGUUGCCUCUCUGAUAAAGUGAGUUUUGUCUUGUCUCAAGGUUGACCUUUAUAUGCAGGUUUGAUUGUAUUCAUAUUUAUUUGAAUGAACUGGAAAUUAAGAAAUUUCUCCAUUUUGAAUUAGACUUUGGUUUAAUAUUUCAGAAUAAGAAAAAUUACAUGAUUAAAAGAAAUAUGCAAAAGUAUAAAAAAAAUCAAUUUGUCUAUCAAAGGAGGAUAAUGCUCCAAAAUCUAAUUGAUUUGGGGAAUAGAAUAUAAUGAAACAAAGGAUAGGUGCAAGGAAGACAUAAAUUUGGUCCAAAAAUUUCAAUUACAAAGGCUUUGUAAAGGUGAUUCAUGAAAACAGAUCAAAAUCCAUCUUUAAUAGAAGUUUUCAUAUAAACGGAAUAUACAUGUGCAUGAUUGCAAGACCUUUGCUUGAUAAUAUAAGUGAAUACUGUUUUCUAGAGCAAAAAAUAUUUAGAAUUUGGUUUUAAUAGGACAAGAUAAAUAUUUUGCUCAUCUAAAUGAAAUACAGUAAUGUCUUCAGGAAUUCUAUGUGCCAGAAUAUGUUAAUUUGUAUUUUUCAGGGAUUGUUACACAUUUUGUAUAACCUUUAUGUAGUUUUACAAAAAUUGCUACACUGAAAUUUUAUAGAAUAUAUGUGUCAUGUAAGAUGACCUUUUGUGAACAACUUCAUUUUGUCAAGGGAAAAUCAAAAUGUAUUGAGAUACAUGAAUUAUGUACAAUUUUCAGUAAAAGUUAAUGAAUGUAAUGAUGUUUAUUUCAAUGUUCUUUUAAGAAUGUUGCUAACUCUGUAGUAUUGUAAAAUGAUUAAAAUCAUAAAAAGAUAUCCCACAAGUUUAAGGACACAGGGGACCAAUCAAACAAUAUACGGUUAAAUGCCAAAACAACAAUCGUAAAUCCUAUUAUAUUUUUAGAAUCAGUUAUUGGCAGUUAUGCUUCAAGAUAAAAUGUAACCUUUUGUGCAAUAUUUUAGGCAUACAUGGAUAUUGAUAUUCAUAUUCUUAGACUAAAGUGCAAUAUUUUAUAUGUAGAAUAUAUUUUAUACGUUAAUUUACAUGAUUUUGAUAAUUUGUUGCUGUUAAUUAUAAUGAUGUUGAAUAAAAAACAAAAU